AUGCAGCUCGACUGGGUCAAAAAAGCAGGAAAGAAGGUAUGAUGGAAUUAAUUUUUGAAGUUUUCUUUUUUUUUGUAUUUCCCUGGGGAUAAUGUCGUGUAGAGUUCAGCAUCUUUAUUCAAUUUUACGUCCUCAAUUCACAAUAUCAUUUCAUUUUUUCCCUCGAUCCAUUUAUUUAAUCCCCCAUUCUAAUGGUUUCACUCCGUUCUUUGAACUACGAAGCUCGUAUAAUAGUUCUUGCUCUGGUAGAGGUUGAUAGAGAACCCUCCAGUAUUAAAUAUAAAUUUAUUCGUGCCAACAGAGUACUUCUCAAAAUCCACUUCGUUUUUUCUUGUGUUGUGAAGAGCUACCGAUUCUUCUAUUUCAGUUUCACUUGAUUGAUGAAAAUAAUAGUUGUAAUUGCUCCAAAUCUAUCUAAAAAGCAGUACUUAGAGUCGGCUGACGAGAGAAUUAGGCACUAGUCUCUGAAAAUGUUUAGAAUCAAGUGACAACUAAGCUCUGUUUCUCCCACCAAAUUCUAUUUGCGACCACUAAUCAAUUACAUAUUCAUUUGAUUCUGUCUCAAUCCUUGCACUAGAUUUUUUCGCCACUUAAGAAACUGACUUGACAUUCGUUCAAUACGACAAGUGCACAUUUGGAAUUUUCUGCAUAAGCUUCAACAAGUAAAAGCAAAAAAUCGAACGCAGUGCUGUUGGAGUUGAAAACAUUCGUUCUUCAACAUUAUGCAAGCUUUAUGAUUUUUAACGAGCUGUUUUUUCUCCGUCGUCAUUGUCGCCUUUUCCUUCUUUUGAACUAACUUUUUCUCAAACGUUUUCGAAUUGGACGUUUUACGACUAAAAUACGAACAUGAAACUCACUCUCAAGAAAUCAAUUUUCCAAAGAGAUGAGCAUCUUUUACAAAAGGUUGAUACACAGUUGCUCUCCGAACAGCACACUAGAAUCUCUUAGGCCACGCCCCUCUUCGUUCACUUCCUGAUGAUUGUCAGUGUUGGAGCAUAUGCAAUCUUUGGAGCUUUAGUCAUGAGAAGUUUGGAGUCAAGAAACAUAGCCACAGUCGAUAAAAAACAGGAUUUUCAGAGAAGACAUUUGACGCCUAUUGAUGGUAAAACCGUACAGGAAGACUUUUUAAAGUAAUUUUAUUGUAGAGCGCAAUAUUCAACCGAAGUAUCUUGAACACAAUCACAAACGAAGAAGACUUCAUGACGAUACUGAAAAUUUUGGAAAGUUAGUUAAAAAAAUAUACUUUUGCAUUAAUUCAUAUGAUAAUGCAAUCCAGGAACUCACCUAAGAAACGAGCGGCAACUCACAUAAUGAGAAGUCGAAAAUGUGUCAUAAGUGUUAUCAAGGUACCUAUUCUUACAAAUAUUUCCUAUUCGCUAAUAGUUUACUCUCUGAGGUCUUCCUUUUAGAAAAUGUCCGCAAUGGAGUGUUCAAUGGAUCGGUUUGAUGAAGCCUUCGUAAAAAAUCUGGACGAAUGCUACCAUGUUGCCAUCGAACAUAAAACUCAUGUGAAUCAUGUUCUUUACACGAAUAGCAAAGAACAAAUUGAAUCAGUUGGGGAAGAGUCGGAAGAGGAAGUUGUUGAGUGGUCCUUCAUGGACUCUCUUCUUUUUGCAUUCACCGUUAUUACUACCAUCGGUUUUUAUUUAUACCAUUUCGGAAAGCUGAAAAAAUUAGUUAAGGUUACGGAAACGUGGCUCCUCGAACAUUUGGAGGUCGGUUGUUUGUUAUCGGUUAUGGUUUGCUAGGUAUUCCAUUCACUCUUCUCGCCAUUGCGGAUCUUGGCAAAUUCAUCUCUGAGAUGGUUGUACUGGCAAAGCAGUUCACGAAAAGAACUUGGAAGUAAACGGGAAAAAACGAGAAAAGUUUACUGUUAUCGAAUUUUUCAGAAAUUUGAAAAAGGCUUGGCAGCCACAUUCAAUUUGUAGGAAAUAUCGAAAAAUGAACAGAGGCAAACCGAUUCUGAACGCGGAUGUAGAAGAAGAAAUUCUGGGAUUUGAUAACGCAGAAGCGGAGAAUGAAACGGCGGGAACGUCAGAGGAAGAGGAAGAACUUUCCGAGACAGAAGCACUCACGUUGUUUCUGCUGUUUUUAGUUUACAUCGCCUUUGGUGGAAUGAUGUUAGCCGCCUACGAGCCUGAUAUGGACUUCUUUAAAGCCGUUUACUUCAACUUCGUCACUUUGACAUCGAUCGGUUUAGGAGAUAUUGUUCCAAGAAGGUUAUAUUUAAGUGAAACUCUACAAAACCCAAUGAAUUUUAUUUUCAGCGAAACUUACAUGCUAAUCACAAUAAUCUACAUUGCUAUUGGUCUGGCACUCACCACGAUUGCAAUUGAAAUAGCAGCGGAUGCCUUGAAGAAGUUGCAUUAUUUUGGUAGAAAAAUUGAGAAUGUUGGAAACGUUGCUAUUUGGUUCGGCGGAAAGAAGUAAUUUAGAAAUUUCAAAAACAAAUCGGUUAUUACUUUAGAAUAACAAUGAAAGCACUCGUGAAAAACCUGGGAGAUCAGUUCAACCUGCCAACAACAGUUGUGAAGGGUCUGAACUUGGACAAUUUUGUUGAGCAAGCAAUUCGAGUCGAGGAAGGAGAAAUAGAAACACUUCGCCCUCCUCCAUUUGAGCCGGACUCCGAAAAAUUUGAUGCUGAAUUUGCUGACGAGCCAGGUUACGAAUUUUUUAACAAAAUGUGUUUGUGUGAAGUUCGAUCUUGUUUUUUUUUGCGUAUUUGAAGUGUGCUUUAGAGAACGAAUGGAUCAGAGACCCCACACCAACUCCACUUCCAUCUCCAAAGCCUUUGUAUAGGUUACCGUCUUUAAAAACCGAAACUCCAGCUCGGUCUAUGAGUCCGGAAAAAUCUGAGCAAUCACUUGCAAUAGCAACGCCUUCGCCCGAAGAGUCUGAAGAUGAAGGUACUCUUUCUGCCUGCACAAUAGUUUAGAGUUUUGAUUAAACACUGGGAAAUUGCCUACUGAUCAUUCCAUUACAUUAUUCUCACUUCAGAGCUAAUCUUACCAUCACCGGAGAGCAGUCCAAUCCGGGUGCCAACUCCUCGUGAAGAAACUAGUCUGGAAGAGCCGAUAAUUGAAGAAGAGUUGUUGGUUAGGGAGCCAACGCCACCCCCUCCGCCACCUCCACCACCCUCUAAACGUAACGGAAGUCCUGAUUCUUAUAAAAUAAUUUUUAUGGGGUUAUUCAGUGUUCGUUCGAUUUGAGACAGAUACGGUAGAUAAUGAUUUUUCCCAUGUUUUGACGAGAAACUUCAAUUUCAUGGGUAAUAAAGAGAAAAAUGUACGUAAAUCGCUUUUAGUCCAUUUUGCUAACAUUUGUAAAUAGGGGGAAAUCGGCUUUUUUUUUCAGAAAAAAUAGAAAAUAUCGUGAUCUACCGUAUCCGACUCAAAGGAAAGAUUAUAAUUAAUAAACAAUUUUUAUUUAACUAGCCUCCAGAGAGACCGAUCGUGUAAGAUUGUUAUUAACAAAAAUUUUGAGUUCCAGCUCGCCCAUUGACUGCAGCCGAGAUAGCAGCUCAAAAGAAGAAGGCAUACAGCGAAGAAGCUUGGCGCCGAUACCAGGAAUACCAGAAACAGUGGAAAAAAUUCCGGCAAACUCAAAAAGUUCCUGCAGCUCAAGGGACCUCUGUCCCUGGAACCAGUAAAUCACAGACACCGCUAACAUCCGGUAUCUCUCCGGAUGGCACGGCUUCAUCAACAAGAAGUCAAUCGAUCGCAUCUGUGGCGUCAGGAAUAACUUCGAGAUCAGCCACUCCGGACAGCAAGAAGUCAUCUCAUCCGACAGCGGCAUCAAGAGAAGAAAGCUUUAAAUGA